GCAUGCUGCAGAGGCAUCAGUGUGUGGUGGCGACGGGCAUUCGACAGAGAUCGGAGACGAUCGACCCUUUUGCUGCGGAGUGCCAAAGAAAGCUGGCCAGCCUAGGGGGCUGGGCAGCUAGCGGUAUCUGCUUGAAGCCCGGGCAGCCCUCUGACGCGGUGAGGGUCACUCAGAGCUUCGUCUUGCCAAAUAGCAGCAGCCGGUUUCCGGUCGCCGUCCUGGAUGGCGUGCUUCCUGGGGACAUGUGCCAGGCUUUGAUUGACGUCCACGAGAAGGUGGGUUUUGAGACGCCGCCCUCGCUCCUUAUGAAAGUAGCCAAGCAGACGAUGAUCGAGGGGGAAGAUGAGGAUGCCGAUCAACUGAUGCAGCUGGCUUACGAACAAGAGAAGAACACCUCACAGCUCGUACAGAUCAAGUCGUCUGACUUUGCAGAUUAUCUUUGGGAGAGGCUACGGCAAUACUUCCCGCCUGAGCUUCCUUACGAUCCGGCUGAAUUCGAAGGCGGCAAGUUGAACUUCGUCAAGCUCCGGGUCGAUGAAGCAAACUCGAAGAUUUACGAGUCUCAAGCUACAGUUGCUCCUGCAGUGGGCCGUUGCGUUCUGUUUCGCCACGACGAGCUGCACGAAGGCGGCGGUGUGCA